ACCGCUCCUCCACGCAUCUUUAAUCUGUCUAUUCCAGAUGGCGCCACUGAAUGCUACGCCAAGCGGCGUCGUGAUGAUGACCUUGCCCUUGGAACACCUGUUUAGAAUCGAUUGUUGUCAGGAGAUGAAUAUGGGCAGUAUUGUCUCUCAUUCGAAACAAAACCGAAACGGGUGUUUCUCGUGCCCUCACAUUCGCUCGCUCCUCAAAGACUUUGUGCCUACUAGACAUGGAACCAUCCAGCUCAGGCGCCAGUUCAAGCAAACAAGUAUCACUUUCGGCUAAUGGUUCUUCAACCAAACAAUUGCGUCCUACGAACCAACAGCCUGAGAAGGCUGGCUCUCCCUCCUCAGCGGGUUUCAAGUUUGAUGUCCCUCGCGAGCUGUUGCGUGCUUGUUCGAAUAAACAUUUUCCGCUUCCGGACUGGGCUGUAGAAGCACUACAGAGAGAAUCUCCACAGGCGACAGAGAAACCGUCUGCACCUCAACCACAAUCUAAGGCCAAACCGACAACGAUCAAGUACCAUGGAGGAACUCCGGUACAUAGGACGGCAGGAUUAGGCUCAAGCUCGUCACACGUCGGUUUUGCUACUGAGAGGCUCACUUACACCCAUGUCAACGGGAGUCAAUAUCAUCUCUUGCGUCCUAUCCCUGGCAUAGCCGAAUCCUGUGUCACCUCUGAAGAUGCAUCUGAGAUUCAGGUCAUGGAAAAGCUCGACAAAGCCUUGGAACGUGUCAAGGCCGAUUUGAAAAAGGCUCAUGCUCGUAUUCCAGGGCCUUAUCUGAACGGCACUCAAACACUGUUUCUGAAGAACCUUGACGACCCCGAUGGUCCCACCAUAAUCUUUGUAGAUUAUAACCGCUGCUUGUUCAUUGAGGUGCUUCCUCGUAAUUCCGACGUGACAGAUCUGCUAGUAGAAGUGAAGACGGAAAAUUUUUGGUCCAUGAUCGCGGCAUAUCCUAUGCAUAUUCCCCAGCUUCCGCCUACCGUUAAUACUGACUUCCUCGCGGCGAUUACUUUCGGAAGUUAUGAACGAAUCACCGAAUGGAAUCAUACGACUUUCCCUUUCACCGAUGCCCAAGCACAACGUCUUACAAGAGUCUAUCAGGAUCUCAUCCGAGAGAUGGAGUCUGGCAAUCGCGAAGGAGUUCGCGCCGCAUUGUACUGGCAUAUCGCUCGCACAAUGGUUAUCAUUGAGCAAGCUCGACAGAAGUCCAAGUUUGGAACCUUGGACUAUGAGUUGUAUCGGCCAGUUGUGACCGCAAAACCAAGCAUAAAGGUUCGGGUAUACGAGCUCCUCCUAAUGCUAGUACUGUUCGGUGCACACAAGAUGUAUCGAGUGCGGCUACAAAGCACAAGAGUCAAAGGGGAGGUGUACCUGGCUGACUUCAGAGAGCUAUUGAAGACACUGCUUGCUGAAUGGACUGACUCGAAUCUAUUGGCUACCGUCUUCGUUGGAGCAAAUGUUGCUUUCCUGGCUGUUCCGGAUAUAACCAGUCUGCAACGUACGGCAUCUUUGGUAUCUGCUAUCUUUGCACUUACCAGUGUGAUUGUCGGUGUCCAUCACGUCUGGCAACAUCGGUCGAAAGUAAACGCUAACAUCGAUGAAGCGAACAAAUACUUGUUGCGAAUGCACACUUUCAACGACGGUCAAGAUUCCGACUUAGCAAUGACGGCAUGCUUUCUAUCCUUUCCUUUGGUCUCUCUUCUGUACGCGGUUCUCACCUUUUCGGUCGCCCUUGGAGCGUUCUGCAUCCAAAACAGCGAUGUCCAUAGCCGAGUGUUAUUAGGAAUUCUCCUGGGUCUGUUAGCUUUGUCCGGAUUGGUGACUUUGCUGUAUUUCUGGCAUGUCUGGCGUGGCCCGCGGACUGCAGAGAUUUCGGAUGCCGAUGAAGAUGAGAUGGCCGAGUAUGGGUGGCGCACGAUCUGGAAAAAUCUGCGAAGGCGAAUGUUAAAACGUAUUGCCCAGAUGAGAGGGAAGAAGACUUAUGUUUUAGAUGGAGAUUUGGAGCUUGCUGACAGGACGUAGUAAUCUAGUUACAAUACAGUACUGUCGGUGUCUGAGACUCGAUGCUAUGUGGUCACUCGCUUGGUAGCCUGAGACCUUUUGAAUGCACCUCGGUGGCAUGAUCGAAGUUCAAACGAAAGUUC